AUGCCUCAAACCUCGGUUCUAGGAAAGCUAUCGGCAGAUUCGGGGCCCCUCCGUGAGCAGCGGCUGAGGGCGAAGUGGACAUCACUCUUCUACUUUACGUCCAAGAGGCAUGUUGCUCCGUUGAUUCUUGCUCUGGCCUUUAGCAUAGCUCGCGGGCUCGCUGUGCCUUUGCUUGCUUGGGUUCUGGGCAGGCUGUUUAACGCCUUUUCAAACUUUGGCUCUCAUUCGAUCUCUGCCGGCCAGCUGCUAUCAAUCACCUCCCUUGAAUGUACAUAUAUUUUGGCCCUCGGCUCCGGUGUUUGGUUUCUGGACUGGGCAUAUUUCUCCUUGUGGGUUAUCUUCGGUGAGCUGCAGGCAAAAAAUGCGCGGAGAUGGGCAUUCGAAGAAUUGCUGCACAAGGAGAUGAGGUGGUUUGACGGAGUCACCGAUGGCCUCCCUGCUGUUUUACCCCGGAUUCAAACAUACAUUCGAGAUCUCCAGCUAGCCACUUCCCAGCCUUUGGGGGCCACUCUAUACAACCUUACUGCUGCCACUGCCGCCCUGGUCUUAGCGUUAUACAUGUCAUGGAACCUGACACUUGUAUGUCUCGCAAGUGUACCGCUCUGUGCUAUCAUAAUUGCAUUUUUCUCUUCAAAGGUCCAACCGAAAAUCGAAGGGCAACAGGCGGCACUCACCAAGGCCUCGAAAAUUUCAACCACCGCCAUUUCUUCCAUUGGUGUGGUAAAACAUUUCAAUGGUCAAGAUACAGAGGCUGAAAAGUACAAAAAUGCAAUUGGCAUCGCUGCUCAUUGGUACUACAAGGAGGCCCUCUACAGUGCUUCGCAAAUUGGCCUUAUUUCCUUCCUAACGUUUGGAAUGUUCGUGCAGGGUUUCUGGUACGGCAGCCAUCUUGUAGCGAAAGGUAGUCUUAAUGCUGGCGAAGUGUUGACAACUUUCUGGGCCUGUUUACAAGCAACACAGUCCAUAGAAGAGAUCAUCCCGCGACUUAUUAUCCUUGAAAAGGGACGGACCGCCUCGGCAGCUCUCAGGCAUAUAUUCAAUGAUGUCUGCCAUGCAUGUACAUCCCAAGAGCUUGGAAGCACUACUAUUUCGCCCGUAUUCUGUGAAGGUGAUAUACGAUUUUCAGAGGUCACAUUCGCAUAUCCAUCUCAACCUGCAAGAAGAGUCUUAGAUAAUUGCUCCUUUUUCUUCCCAGCGGGUGAUACAACUUUCGUUGUUGGCAAGAGUGGUUCAGGGAAAAGCACCAUUGGAAAUUUGCUUAUGAGAUUCUAUGCACCGAUAUUUGGUGAAAUCCGGAUCGAUGACAGGCUGAUCCAGACUCUGGAUAUCAGCUGGAUCCGCAAUAACAUUACCCUUGUUCAGCAAGAAAGCAUACUUUUUAACGAAACAAUGCUGAAAAACAUCACGUUCGGCUCACGGAAUGCUGAAAAUAUUACUCCUCGAGAUAUAUUUGCCGCUACAAAACUUGCGGGCCUACAGGACACCAUCCUCAGUUUCCCCUUAAGACUUGACACUGUUGUCGGUUCAGGUGGUAGAUCGCUAAGCGGAGGACAGCGUCAAAGGAUGGCAUUGGCUAGAGCGAGGUUGCGGGAUACCCCAAUAUUGAUACUUGACGAGUCUACUAGUGCUUUGGAUCAUUUGAGCAGGAUCUCCCUAAUGAACGCAAUUCGUGCAUGGCGACAAGGGAAAACCACCAUUAUCAUUACACACGACCUUUCGCAAAUUCGACCUCAGGAUUUCGUGUAUGUCAUCGACCGGGGAAAGAUAGCCCAUCAAGGAUAUAGACAUGUCCUGGAGAAGGAGGCAGCUGGCGUGUUCGACCUUAAUCAUCUUGCGACUCUACAGUCAACAACCACUCCAACCACCUCUACUUGGAGCCCAAAAUCCCAAGUCCCAACCUCAGAUAAAAGGAGAGGAUCAAGCUUCAGCAGCAUAGAGCGGCCAAUAGCGGAACGGCGUUCGUCAACGACUCCCCUUUCUCCGUUCUUCCAUCACGAUCUUUCUCUCGAGCGAACCUUCUCUGAGGCAGAACAGAACAGCCAGUCAAGGAGAGCCAGUAUGGCUGAACGUCUCAUUGACCAUACCAGCCCCUGGCUCAAAAAAUCGCCAUUAGAUGUACCAAAUGACAAAGGGGUCGAAAAAAAAUCAGGACAAAUGCCGCCACGUACCCCUGACACCAAAACUCGUCCGCCUCUAAAACCAAAUAAAGGGUCAUUGCAAACAGGUUACUCAAUAUCGCAGAUCCUUUUGACCGUGAUACCGUCUUUAUCAUCCUCCGACAGAAUGUCUUUACUCUUCGGCUUUACCGCUGCAUUUUUUCAUGCUGCGGCAACGCCGUGUUUUUCUUACUUAUUCUCGCAACUGUUAACUACUUUCUUCAUUGCCGAGAAUAGAUCCCGACUAGCUAUGCAAUGGGCGCUUGCGGUGUUGGGUAUAGCUUUUGUUAAUGGAGUAGCAUCUUUCUUCAUGCACUAUCUCCUGGAAUGUUGUGGCCAGGCCUGGGUUGACCAAUUCCGCUACAAAGCCAUCCGCCGAAUCUUACAACAGUGCAAGUCUUGGUUCGAGAAAGACGAGAACAAGCCCUCUAACUUAACUCACUGUUUGGACCGGAACCCAGAGGAAAUGAGAAAUCUCAUUGGGCGAUUUGCCUGCUUCAUGUUUGUGGCUCUCGUCAUGACAUUGAUCGGGUUCAUCUGGGGAGUGGCAGUGUGCUGGAAGCUGGCACUGGUGGGUGCUGCUACGGCACCCCCUUUGUAUGGUUUGACGAGGCUAUAUGAAAAAAUUAGCGGGUUCUGGGAGAGCAAGUCGAAUGAAGCCAGCGAGAUAAUGACGGGGAUAUUCGCUGAGACAUUUCUUGAUAUUCGCACAGUUCGAUCACUGACCCUGGAGUCAUACUUCCAUACCAAGCACCAUAAAUCUAAUAGGAAAGCCUUGACCAUCGGUAUCAAACGCGGGUGCUAUUCUGGGUUGUUUUUUGGAUUCUCAGAGUGUUCAAUUCUUUUCGUAUAUGCUCUCAUAUUCUACUAUGGGUCCAUCCUUGUAUCCAGUUCUCAGUAUUCCGCCAAGGAUGUUUUGCUGGUCUUCUCAAUGCUGCUUUUUAGCAUGGCCAAUGUGAGAGGAGUUCUCUCCCUAGUUCCACAAAUCAGUUCAUCUAGGGACUCAGCAACUAGGGUAUUGCAUCUAGCUAACAUGCCCGAAGAUCAAGUGCAUGAAGCUCAAGGAAAUCUUCAUAUUUCUGACCUAACGCCUCUCAUUUUCAAAGACGUGGACUUCAGUUAUCCAAACAGACCUGGUAAGAAGGUCCUCAAGAACUUUAAUCUGAGUAUCCCAGAACGUUCUUCGACUGCAAUCGUUGGGCCCUCUGGUUCUGGGAAGUCAACAAUCGCAUCUAUACUGCUUGCUCUCUAUUCGCCUCCUCCAUCGGCGGGUAACAAAGGCAGCAUUACCCUCGGUGGUGUGGAUAUUCGCAACAUUCAUGUCCCAACUCUCCGGUCGUUGAUAUCCAUUGUCCCACAGGACCCUACGUUGUUCCCAGCCUCUAUCAAGGAUAACAUUACUUAUGGCCUACCCGACAAGUCUUCACUGACUGCUUCCGCCAACAUUCAAGCCGCAGCCAAGGCAGCCGGAAUCCACGACUUCAUCUCCUCGUUGCCAUCAGGGUACGAUACACUUGUUGGAGAUGGUGGCGUUGGUGUCUCUGGCGGCCAGGCGCAGAGAAUCGUGAUUGCCAGGGCACUUGUUCGUAAUCCACGAGUCCUUAUACUGGACGAAGCAACGUCUAGUCUCGAUGUUGAGAGUGCAUCCGUGAUCAGACAAACGGUAACGAAGCUAAUGGCUUCCGGAAGGGGUCUGACGGUGAUCAUAAUUACCCACGCGAAAGAUAUGAUGGAGCUGGCUGAUAAUGUGGUCGUUGUGGACGAUGGGGCUGUAGUUGAAGAAGGAUCGUUUUCUGACCUGAGUAGCCGAAGCGGUGGAAAGUUGAGGCGGUUGCUGAGGAUGCAGCUGUGA